AGAAAAUUUGCCAUACAUGUUUUCUGAAAAACUUGGAUUUAUUGAUUAUUGUCAACAGGCAUUAAACGCUCAAGCACGAGGAAUAUCAAGGGUUAUACGACACUGUACAAGAAGAAACAUCACCACCUCCGCCCCCGAAAUCAAAAAAAGGUUUUGCCGGAAUGGUCGGUGGUCUUCUUGCAAAGAAAGGGAAGCGUGCCCAUUCUUCGACGAGUUCAAGUGGUACAACAGUAAGCUCGCACAACGAACUUGCUAUGUACCAGGGUGUGCCAUGCGAUUGCGAUGACGACGACGUGAAUUUUGACGUGCUCGGAUGGUGGAAGCGGAACGAACACAUGUUCCCAUGUCUCGGCAUGCUAGCAAGACAAGUGUUAUCCGUUCCGGUAUCAACCGUAGCAGUUGAACGAGAAUUCAGUGCUAGCGGCAAGACAUUCUAACCGACUUUCGAAUUGUCUUAGCGCUGAAUCUCUUGAAACACUGGUUUGUAACCAAGAUUGGCUCUUGGCAAGACGUCGAGCUCAAGAGUCAUGGUACCAACUCGAUUCGGAGCAUUACAUGAAUGCAACAACAGAUGGUAGUCCGAGUUCUGAAGAAUAAGUUAUAAUUUUUUUUAUGUUAAUGUAAAUAUGUAAUUAGUUUUUUUAGGUGAGCGAUAUAUAAGCUCCUUCGAGGGUUUCUUUACGGUUCUUUACCUCGUCGCUUUUUUUGAACCGUGAGGAUAUUAAAUGUGGUUGUUCUUC